GGAGCACGAGAAAGAGGUGGUGAACAAGAUGGAGUGCAAGAAAGAGGCCGAUCAGGCAGAAAAUGUCAUCGGCUCGUGAAUAGAAAAAGAGGAUGACUGUACUGAUAUUCAACACCAUCUCUGGACCCAGACAGUGAUAGCAAGAAAUCGGGAGGGAGAGAUAAAGACAGAUGGAGGGGGGAGAGAGAUGGAGAUUUCUAUCAUGUGAGAGGGAGGGGAGUAAUAGCAAGGUGAAGGGAGGGAGCAGGAGCACUGACAACACUGAUAGCGGCGCCAGAGGCAAGGAGGGACUAAACGGGAGAGGGAGUGGAAAGAAGGAGAGCAGCACAACAGCCUGAAUAGAGUGCUGUGUUGAAUAACAGUUGAAGGAGGACAAAGAGAAGAGAUCUGCCACAGACGCAGAAAAACAUCAGCAAAAAGAAGAAAAAUGAACGCAAAUGAAGAAGUCACAAAGGACAGAAGCAAAGGGAAGGUCUGGCUGUGUUUUCCUUGCUAGGAGCUGCAAGUUAAGUGCGUUGUGAGUCCUUGCACACAGUCCUUGUUUGCGGGCUUGUGUCCGGACGAAGGCAGAUGAUGACAGAACACCUGUUAUUCUGAGAUGGCAGAUUGUAACAGUUUCUAGCUUGCACGUGUUGGACCGUCUCUGCAGCAUUUUGCAUACCUGCACAGUGUUUGACCUUCCUUAGUCAGCACGCGGAGAGCGACUGCAGAGAGGAAAAAGAAAGGAGAGGGAGGAGAGAAGGAACGUCUGCUAAGAAAAACACACAGGAAGAGGGAGAGUGUGUUAAAGUGGAGUAGCAGCCGAGGGAGUUGUUGGAUUUUGAUUAGUGUGCCUGUGCAGUCUGCACAAUUCCUAUAAUGUCAGACCUGUUCUUUACUGCAUGGGGCUCUUCUGGCAGUACAGAGGUAGCCUAAGGAUUGGGUUUUUCCCAGGAAGCUUGGAUCCUUAAUCAGCUGCUGCUACUCAAACCUGGGUGCCACCUACACGGUUUGAUUGGGCUCCAGGACUUAACUGAAGUGGAUUUUUUUAAUGAAAUGUUUAUUUGCAUUAUUAAAUGCACCUUCAAAUGUUAGUGCUUUAAACCCACUGAAGCAAUGGAUAUGGCAGACAAUCUGCAAGGAUGCUCUGCCCGUGUUCCCAGAGUCGGAGACCUUAAAACGGGGGAGGUUAGAACGGGAGAGGGGGUAAGAAUGGUGGAGAGAGACACCCCACUGAGGCUGUCACCUUUCCGUAUGCUUCGAGUGCUCGACUCAUGCCGGCCUCCAGGAAACCGCAUUGGCAUUGUCCAUGAAAAUGUGAAGAUGGGUUCAGAUGGGGAGAGUGACCAAGCAUCCGGGACGUCCUCUGAUGAGGUUCAGAGUCCAGUGAGGGUCCGUAUGAGGAACAAUCACCAUCGGCGCAUCUCUAAUGAGGACAUAAACAAACGUUUGUCUCUCCCAGCUGAUAUCAGGCUACCAGAGGGCUACUUGGAGAAGUUUGCCAUGAACAGCCCGCCCUUUGACAAACCCAUGAGCCGCAGGCUACGGCGCGCAUCAUUGUCUGAGAUCGGCUUUGGGAAACUUGAAACCUACAUCAAACUGGACAAACUAGGAGAGGGGACCUAUGCGACAGUAUUUAAGGGGCGAAGUAAGUUAACAGAUAACUUGGUCGCCCUGAAAGAGAUCCGCCUAGAGCACGAGGAGGGCGCACCCUGCACCGCUAUCCGAGAAGUGUCUCUACUGAAAGACUUGAAGCACGCCAAUAUUGUCACUCUCCAUGACAUUAUCCACACUGACAAGUGCCUAACACUCGUGUUUGAGUAUCUGGAAAAAGACCUGAAGCAAUAUAUGGACGACUGUGGGAGCAUCAUGAGCGUUCACAACGUUAAGAUCUUCUUAUUUCAGCUUUUAAGAGGUCUGGCGUACUGCCACAGGAGGAAGGUCCUCCAUAGAGACCUGAAACCCCAGAACCUGCUCAUCAAUGAAAAAGGAGAGCUCAAACUGGCAGACUUUGGUUUGGCUCGAGCUAAGUCGGUCCCUACGAAGACCUACUCAAAUGAAGUUGUGACAUUAUGGUACCGACCACCAGAUGUGCUGCUGGGCUCCACUGAGUACUCUACACCCAUUGACAUGUGGGGUGUGGGCUGCAUCUUCUAUGAAAUGAUCACAGGCAGACCUCUCUUCCCUGGAUCAACUGUGGAGGAUGAGCUUCAUCUCAUAUUCCGCAUCCUUGGUACUCCCACAGAAGAGACUUGGCCUGGUAUCACCACCAGUGAAGAGUUUAAGACAUACAAUUUUCCCCGCUACCACGCAGAGCCCCUUGUGAACCACGCACCCAGGAUAGACAAUGAAGGUCAUGACUUGCUCUCAAAACUCUUACAGUUUGAAGCAAAGAAGCGGAUAUUGGCUGAGGAUGCUCUCAAACACUCUUAUUUCAAAUGUCUUGGAGAACAGGUUCAGACUCUGGCUGACACUGCAUCCAUCUUCUCUGUAAAAGGGAUUCAACUCCAGAAAGAUCCCGGAAAGAGAUCCUCAGUCUACCCAGAGUCAUCGAUGGCCAAUAAGCUAGGCUCCGCACCCUCGCAGUACUUCCAGAGAGAGGCAGCCAAUCCCAGGGCUCAGAGUCACAAUCUCUCCUCUACUUCCACUGGCUGAGUGGCCCUACUGUUCUGCCCAAGGGAAGAGCAGGAGGCAGAGUGUGCUGUUUUAGUGCCGGCGAUGAGAUCAGGAGGACAGUGACACGUGGAGCUUGUCUGUCAGACAUACAUCCACUGACCCUGCCGCCUACACACUGAAGGAGUGACACACACGCACCCUGCCACAUAAAUACAUACUGACAGGAAAAAAAAGACACACACAGACACACACACACACUGCAAAAUGACAACAAACCCACACAAAACUAAGGCUGAAGAUUUCAUUCUUAAAAAUAAAGACUCAGCUCAAACCCAAACAUAAAAAAGAGAAAAAAAAAUGUGUGUGAUGCUGGAAGAAAAGUCGGAGAGUAUAUGAAUCUCCUUGCUGCUGCUACUACUGCUGCCCAGUAUGGGGCAGUGUUCAGGAUGUGAGCUGGUUUUAAAACAGACCUUGCUGUUUGAGGACGAAGGAGUCUCGAACGGACUUGAAUGAAAAGAAAGAGAAAGCUGGAACCCCGACUUUCUCUUUCAUGGUUUUUUCUUUCAGACUAUUGCUGUAUAUAAAGAGACUGAGCUGUAGAACUAGAAGCUUUUUCAUGCCGCACCUCAGCCUGAAUCCAAACUCUAAAUAUUGCACCUCAACUCUAAACCCUCGCCUGAUCUCUCAGCCCUUUAUUACAUAACCCUUAAAUGCAACCAGUCUCUGCUUUUCUGUCAUUGUCCGUCUUUCUCUUUUCUCUUAAAAACACACUCACAUGCUGAUGCUCACUUGAAAGUGUGUAGAUCUUUGGAGUUUACAGAGGUAGAUUUUUGCACCUUAUUGUUCAUUAGCGGUCCGGGUGGCUGUCAUUAUGAUACCUCAUCAAGUACACACCAGUGAUAUUGAAAUGAAGAAGACC